UAAGAAUGCCAGAAUCAGUUGACCAGAUUUAACCUAAUUGGCCAACGCGACAACAACAACAACCAACUCGGGCCAGCCACUCAGUGAAGAAGAAAAGUCCGCACUUAUUCCUCCUCCAUCCUUCCUUCCUCCGGCGUCCAUAUUACUCCUUCUCUUUUGCCGAACUACCAAGUCAAGGCGCCUCUCCCUCUCUCUACAAACGAAUUUAAAUUCCAUCAAUUAAAUUUCAAAAACUGAUUUUAUUUUCUUCCCUCCGGUCACAUCACGCCAGCGCCCCGCUAUUUAUUGACAUCUCAGUUCUCUCCUUUAGUUUUUUUCUGUGAAUAGAAACGCUAGCACGUUUCUGCCUCGUCUACUACUUUCUUUUUUUUCUUUGGCGGAGAGAAGAGAAGAAGGAGAUCAAUCGGAGCUGAGAUCGACUGAGAAAAAAAUGUCUCAGUCUCAGAUGAAGUACCUGAUCGAGGUUGAGAAAGGCCAGCCUGCCAAGGACGGGACGCCGUCGAUCGGGCCAGCUUACCGCAGUAUCUAUGCGAAGGAUGGAUAUCCUCCUCCGAUUCCCGGAUUGAACAGCUGCUGGGACGUUUUCCGCAUGAGCGUGGAGAAGUAUCCCAACAACCCUAUGCUCGGCCGCCGGGAGAUUGUGGACGGCAAGGCCGGAAAGUAUGUGUGGCAGACGUACAAGCAAAUCUACGACAUAGUGAUCAAAGUUGGAAAUGCGAUUCGCAGCUGCGGUGUUGAACCGGGAGCAAAAUGUGGAAUUUAUGGCGCCAACAGCUCAGAAUGGAUUAUCAGCAUGGAGGUACUCACAAGUCUUAAUCAUGGCUGCAAACUGAUGCAGGCUUGCAAUGCUCAUGGACUGUACUGUGUUCCAUUGUACGACACUUUAGGUGCUGGUGCCAUCGAGUACAUUUUAUGCCAUUCAGAGAUUUCUAUUGCUUUUACAGAAGAGAAAAAGAUUCCUGAGCUAUUGAAAACGUUUCCUAAUGCGACACAACAUUUGAAAACAAUUGUAAGCUUUGGUAAGGUUACUUCUGAGCAGAGGGAGGAGAUUGAAAAGUAUGGCUUGUCAGUCUAUUCUUGGGAAGAAUUUGUCAAGCUGGGGGAGAAUAAAGAGUACGACUUUCCAGAGAAGAAGAAAAGUGAUAUAUGUACAAUUAUGUAUACUAGUGGAACAACUGGUGAUCCAAAGGGAGUUAUGAUCUCUAAUCUCAACAUCAUUACUCUUAUAGCUGGGGUCAAACGAGUGCUAGAAUGUGUGGAUGAAAAGCUGACCUCGAAGGACGUUUAUCUUUCAUACCUUCCCCUUGCUCAUAUCUUUGAUCGUGUGAUUGAGGAAUUAUUUAUUUUUCAUGGGGCCUCCAUAGGAUUCUGGCGAGGGGAUGUCAAACUAUUGGUUGAAGACAUUGGGGAGCUAAAGCCAUCCAUCUUCUGUGCCGUUCCCCGUGUGCUUGACAGAAUAUAUGGAGGCUUAACUCAGAAGAUCUCUGCUGGGGGCUUCUUGAAGAAGACGCUGUUCAAUUUUGCGUACUCCCACAAACUGAGUAAUUUGAAAGGCGGGAGUAAGACAGACGAGGCAUCUCCACUCAGUGACAAGCUCGUCUUCAGCAAGGUAAAGCAAGGGUUGGGAGGAAAUGUACGGCUAAUCCUAUCUGGAGCAGCACCACUCGCCAGCCAUGUCGAAGCUUACCUUCGAGUGGUCACAUGUGCCCAUGUUCUACAAGGAUACGGCCUCACGGAGAGCUGUGCUGGAAGUUUCGUGUCAUUGCCAAAUGACAUGUCGAUGCUCGGCACUGUAGGUCCUCCAGUGCCAAAUGUUGAUGUCCGCCUUGAAUCGGUUCCGGAAAUGAACUACGAUGCUCUCUCCAGCACUCCUCGUGGUGAAAUCUGCAUCCGCGGCGACACCCUGUUCUCCGGCUACUACAAACGUGAUGAUCUCACUGAGGAAGUCUUGAUUGAUGGAUGGUUCCACACCGGCGAUGUUGGGGAAUGGCAACCCGACGGAAGCAUGAAAAUCAUCGACCGGAAGAAGAAUAUCUUCAAGCUCUCACAGGGAGAGUACGUUGCCGUGGAGCACCUGGAGAACAUCUAUGGUGGAACACCUGGAAUCGAUUCGAUUUGGGUUUACGGGAACAGCUUCGAAUCUUACCUUGUUGGAGUGGUGAAUCCGAACAAGCUAGCGCUGGAGAAAUGGGCUGAAGAGAAUGGUAUCAGCGGGGACUUCAACUCCCUCUGCGAGAACCCAAAGGCCAAAGAACACGUACUCCAAGAACUCUCCAAGAUUGGGAAAGAGAAGAAGUUGAAAGGAUUCGAGUUCCUGAAAGGUGUGCACCUUGAUCCGGAACCUUUCGACAUGGAGCGCGAUCUCCUAACUCCAACGUACAAGAAGAAGAGACCCCAGCUUCUCAAGUAUUACCAGAAUGUUAUCGACGAAAUGUACAAGAACAUCAACCGCAAGUGAAACAUGCCACAACAGAGGGACAAGAAGGAUUUAGCUAGCCGUUUGGCUGAACUCUACAACGUUCUCUGAUUGUUGUAACUCGGUGUGUUUAUGUUCCUUUUCGGUAGUUUCCUUGUAAUUAUUUUUCGAAUCUGCAAUAAGACUAAAUUAUUUUGUAUUUUCGUUGGAAGGAAACAGAGUCUACAUUCAUAAGUGUUACCGAGAUUUGUUUUCAACAAUCAACAAAAUUCUUGUAUAGAAACUUGUAAGAUCACACAACAUUAUCAGCAUAGAUCACACAAUGGAAACAAACUACGAAAUGAAACCUCCCUUCUAUACAUCCAUCUCCGUCCAAUUUCCACUUUUCUACGUACUCGAACGUAAUAAAAAUAAAAUAGUGUACCAAGAAAAACUUUAAACUAUCACCACAUUGGUACCUAAACUUUAUUCCACCUACUUUUAGGCCCUUUAUUUUUUUCCCCCACUCCCUACCUUCCCUAUCUAUGGAUUCUAUAUAUCUACAGCUUCACAACGAUAACACUGACAUUAUCCCGGCUCCCUCGAGCCAUCGCCAGUUCAGCCAGAAACGCCGCCGCGGCCGGCGCACAGUUCUCCGUCGUGUCGUCGGCAAAUCUCAUCCUCAUUCUGCCGUUGAAGCAUUUCGCGACGAUAUCACAGGCUAGCUCACUAGACACCACAUCCCACAACCCUUUCGACCCUAUCACCACGAAUUCCCCCUCCUCCUCCGACUCGCCCCGCUCCCUAACCGUCACCUCCGGCUUCACACGAUGAUGACGAUCAUGAUCACAAUCUCCUGCAUUAUUACCGUUAGCAAUGAAUCGCCAAAGUUUCCGACAAACAAACGAGAAAGAACCAGUUCGUACCAAUAACUCCAACGACGUUGCGGUUGAGGUUCCAGCCUAUGCCCUUCCCCUGCAUUCGCUCUGUAUCCUGCACCGGCUGCGUCACAAAACGAUUCAAACACA